GUGUGUGUAUUUAAAUGGCUGCACCCUUACUAAUCUCACAUUAGACAAUAGAAGUGCUCUUUUCUGUAAUGUUGAAAACGUGUUCGACCUUUUACAUAUUCGUUUGACCUCUUUUGCAGGGUAUACCUAAACAUGGUCCAUCUAUCAUCCUUCCUACUGAAGACGUACCAUGGAGGACACAUUGUCAUCAGAUUGGCAAUGGCUGGCCACAAACAGUCUAACAGACCUUUCUACCGCAUUGUGGCAGCUUACAACAAGCGAGCACGAGACAGUAAAUACAUAGAACAGCUGGGCUCUUAUGACCCCCUGCCAAACAUCUACAAUGAGAAACUGGUCAGCAUCAACUCUGACAGGAUCAAGUACUGGAUGGGCUGUGGUGCACAUCCCACGAAGCCUGUGGCCAAACUUCUAGGACUGGCUGGGUUCUUCCCCCUGCAUCCCAUGACGGUGACAGAAACAGAGCGUCACAGGGCCCUGGCAGAACUAGCAGUGGAAGCAGCUCCAGAGGAUGGAGUUAAGCAGCAGAAACUAGCAUAGCUGGAUCAUGGGGGACUGUCAAGCAUAGCAGGGUGUGGUUACUGUACACGAAGGACAGCUAGAAAUGACAUUCUCCUCCCAAAAGGUUAACUGUUUCCAGUGAAAGCCUUUGAACUAUGAAUAUUCAUAAGCAGUGCUUAACAGAACAACUUAUGAAGGCUUCAUAUAGCAUACAUAAAGUCAUCCUAAGCACCACAUAAAGUCUUCAGAUAUAAUUUAAGUGUAUGUCAUACUCUAUAAAUGAUGUAUAAAGGAUGUCAUAACCAGGCACACUGUAGGGUGAAUUGCCAAAUGUCACAUAUCUCAUUGUGUAUGUUUAUGCACCAUUUAUAGAGCAUGACAUAAAGAGGAUUUGUGAAGCAUUUAUGUUGUGCAUAUGAAACAUUUAUGUAUGCUAUAUAAGUUGUACUGUAUUUAAAAUGUGACCCUGUUGGAUGGUGGACGCAAUAUUUAAGUCCAUCAAACAGAGGAGAGUAAUGACAUACAGUGCCUUAAAGUAUUCAUACCCCUGGACUUACUCAACAUUUUGUGUUAGUCUGAAUAAAAAAUGGAUUAAA